UCAAGUUCAUCCGAGAAGUAACACCAUAUAUCAAGAAGCCAUCUUUAGUAUCAGAUCUGCCGUGGGAAGGUGCCGCUCCCCAGUCACCAAACUUCAGUGGUAGUGAAGACUCUGGUUCUCCAAAGCAUCAGAACAGCACCAAGGACAGGAAGGUCAUCCCUCUCAAAAUGUGCUUUGCUGCUAGAAACCUAAGCAUGCCAGAUCUGGAGAACAGAUUGAUAGAGCUACAUUCCCCUGAUAGCAGGAAUACCUUGAUCCUACGCUGCAAAGAUACGGCCACAGCACACUCCUGGUUCGUAGCUAUCCACACCAACAUAAUGGCUCUCCUCCCACAGGUAUUGGCUGAACUCAAUGCCAUGCUUGGUGCAACCAGUACAGCAGGAGGCAGCAAGGAAGUCAAGCAUAUUGCCUGGCUGGCAGAACAGGCAAAACUAGAUGGUGGAAGACAGCAAUGGAGGCCUGUUCUCAUGGCUGUGACCGAGAAGGAUUUGCUGCUUUAUGAUUGUAUGCCAUGGACAAGAGAUGCCUGGGCAUCACCAUGUCAUAGCUACCCUCUUGUUGCCACAAGGUUGGUUCAUUCGGGUUCUGGAUGUCGGUCACCUUCCCUUGGAUCUGACCUUACCUUUGCUACAAGGACGGGCUCUCGGCAGGGCAUUGAGAUGCAUCUCUUCAGGGUUGAAACGCACCGGGAUUUGUCGACCUGGACCAGAAUACUUGUUCAGGGUUGUCAUGCUGCUGCUGAGCUGGUCAAGGAAGUCUCCCUAGGCUGCACCUUAAGUGGCCAAGAGGUAAGAUUCACUGUCCACUAUGAACAUGGGUUCACUAUCUCCAGAGACAAUGGAGGCUCGAGCAGCAUAUUGUACCGCUAUCCUUUUGAACGGCUGAAGAUGUCUGCUGAUGAUGGCAUCAGAAAUCUCUAUCUGGAUUUUGGUGGUCCUGAGGGAGAACUGACUGUGGACCUGCAUUCUUGUCCAAAGCCAAUUGUAUUUGUGUUGCAUACAUUCUUAUCCGCCAAAGUCACUCGAAUGGGACUGCUUGUAUGAGCAGCAAGAGUCAAGAAAGAGCUUUGACUGUCAUGAAAAGUAUUUACACCUCAAAAACAUGAAAAUUAAAAAAAAAAAAAAGCAACAACAACAAGAAGCACAAAAAGAAACCCUUGCUCUCCUCCAUCAUAGUGCCUUCCCAAGGACCUGCAGAUCUCUGCUAAACCAACAGGGUUUAAAACGGGCUGACCUUACCCACACAACCUUGGUCAGAAAGUCUAGAAGUAUAGUGAGCUCCAAAUUGAAGUCGUGAUUUAUCGUCUCAUUUCAUAAUGUGAUCUCUAAUUAUGUUUAUUUCCCAUUAUGAAGGCUGACUCUUUGGAUUUCUCUUUGGGUAUAAACAAAUAGCCAAAAGAAGUUUCUCUUCCUGUGGGAUUUGUUUGGGGCUUAGCCUUGAGCUCUUAUUAGGAUAACUGCCACUCCCUAGAUGCUAGCGUGCAGCAGCCCAUCCCGUAGGCAUCCCACACAGGUCGUUUGCACACAGUGUUACUCUUUUUACCUGUUCUUCCCCAAAGGUUCUUCCUUGCACCCUGGCUCUCGAUGACCUCACCCUGCCCCACACCCCCACCUCUGACACCAGCUCUGCCACUCAUGAGUGCUACCUUUAGUCUGGUUGCCUUUGCCUUCACUCCCCCUCUUUGUGGUUGGCCAACUUGAAAAGCAAGUUGGAAACUGCUGCUCUAAAAGGGGAGUUUUGCUUUCUUUAGCUUUUAUUGAGUUUAUAUUUGGUAGGAGCCAGGGGACGGUCUAAGGUUUAUUUUCAAAGAAAGAUCUUCAUUUUAAGCUAAGCCAUUUCUUAUUGCUUACCAAAUGUGCCUUUGGUCAGGGUCAUUGGAGCUUUAUGAGUGACUGUUUAGAUGACUAGAUCUCACUGCCAUUCUAGGGAUACCAUAGCUUUGAGGAGUCACCCUGGAGGUUGGUUCCUUCGUGGCUUCUUUCAGUGGGAUCUUUGUGGGUCGUUAGUUUCAUAGCACAGAUGCCAUGUCAGGUGCACAGGGCACUGUGAGGCCAGCAAAGAUCUGGGAUUGGACUUUUAUGGCCCCAAAGUAGUAAGGACAAGUUGCCUUCAGCUCAUGCUUUAACAUUGGCUUCCCCGCACACCGAGUGGGUAGGGGAUAAGACAGACCACGGCAGUCACCUGCUUUUGUUUAGUAUGGCCAAGUGUCGUUAUGACUCAGCAUCAGGGUGCUUUCUGGUUUUGUGGCCUGGAAAAUCAUACUCAGCUUGCUUUUCCUGGUUUGGAAGGAAAUAGAUGUGUGUAGAAACAUUUGAAAUAGUCUCUCUACAUAAAAUAUCCAGAUUAGCACAGUCCCUAAAUUGACUGAGUUUUCUAUGCUCUCUGAAAAAAUGUCCAGAAAUAGCUCUGAUUUUCUAGAUUUCUGUCUACACGGGGAUGUGAAGCUUCAAAUGGGGUAGGGGGAGAAAAGGAAAGAAAACACAACUGUUCACACAGAACCUGAGCCGUGUAGUUUGGGUGCCUUGACUGACAGGUUGGCCAGAAGAAAGAACAGAUACCCAAGUAGAGGUGGUGACCCCACUGUCCUCUGCUGUCUCUGCAUCAGGCCUCCCUCUGCUCUCUACGGUCAGACUAACAGUAUAUAAAGGCUGGGGAGGAAUGCCCUUCCCACUCCACCUUCAAAUUGGAACACCAAAAAACGAAUGUUGGUAUCCACUUUAAACCAGAAAUUUAAAUCUAAAGAACAUCUUUCAAGAACUUUCUAUGUUUUAAAAACUUGUAACUCUGAGAUUGAAUCCAUCCAUGAUACAUCUUCAACUAAAAAAAAAAAAAAAUGUAUUUUAAAGUUCCAGCCAAGUUUAGAAAGCAGAA